AUGGCGGCCCAGCCGGCGUGUACGCGCUUCUCCGACAACUACGAGCUGAAGGAGGAGCUCGGCAAGGGUGCGUUCUCGAUCGUGAAGCGUUGCGUGCAGAAGUCGACCGGGUUCGAGUUUGCGGCCAAGAUCAUAAACACGAAGAAGCUGACGUCGCGCGACUUCCAGAAGCUCGAGCGGGAGGCGCGAAUAUGCCGGAAGCUACAGCACCCGAACAUCGUGCGGCUGCACGAUAGCAUCCAGGAGGAGAACUUCCACUACCUGGUGUUCGAUCUCGUGACCGGCGGCGAGCUGUUCGAGGACAUCGUGGCGCGCGAGUUCUACUCGGAGGCGGACGCGUCCCACUGCAUACAGCAGAUCCUGGAGUCGGUGAACCACUGCCACCAGAACGGCGUCGUCCAUCGGGAUCUGAAGCCGGAGAACUUGCUGCUGGCGAGCAAGGCGAAGGGGGCCGCCGUCAAGUUGGCCGAUUUCGGGCUCGCCAUCGAGGUGCAGGGUGAUCAGCAGGCGUGGUUCGGGUUUGCCGGCACGCCAGGCUAUCUCUCGCCGGAAGUGCUGAAGAAGGAACCGUACGGCAAGGCGGUUGACAUCUGGGCGUGCGGUGUCAUCCUGUACAUCCUGCUCGUCGGCUAUCCGCCAUUUUGGGACGAGGAUCAGCACCGGUUAUACGUGCAGAUUAAGGCGGGCACGUACGACUACCCAUCGCCGGAGUGGGACACGGUCACGCCGGAGGCGAAGAGUCUGAUCAACCAGAUGCUGACAGUCAACCCGUACAAGCGGAUCUCGGCCGCGGACGCCCUCAAGCACCCGUGGAUCUGCCAGCGCGAGCGUGUGGCCUCGGUCGUCCACCGGCAGGAGACAGUGGACUGCUUGAAGAAGUUCAACGCGCGCCGCAAGCUGAAGGGUGCCAUCCUCACCACGAUGCUCGCGACACGCAACUUCUCGAGCAAGAGCAUGAUCGCGAAGAAGGGCGACGGUUCGCAGGUGAAGGAGUCCACCGACUCGUCCAGCACCACCGUCGAGGAUGACGAUUGCAAGGCGCGCCGGCAGGAGAUCAUCAAGAUCACGGAGCAGCUGAUCGAAGCAAUAAACAACGGUGACUACGAGACGUACACGAAGAUCUGCGAUCCGCACCUAACUUCGUUCGAGCCGGAGGCGCUCGGUAACCUGAUAGAGGGCAUGGACUUUCACAAGUUCAACUUCGAGAACGUGCUGGGCAAGAGCAACAAGGCGAUCAACACCACCAUCCUGAACCCGCACGUGCACAUCUUCGGCGAGGAUACCGCGUGCAUCGCGUACGUGCGCCUGACGCAGUACAUCGACAAGCAGGGCCACCCGCACACGGUGCAGACGGAGGAGACGAGGGUGUGGCACAAAAAGGACAGCAAGUGGCAGAAUGUGCACUUCCACGGUAGCCGCAACGGGAGCUUUAGCAACACCGCCACGCAAUAUGACUUCGUCAAUCAUAAGUAGAGUGGAUCGAGUUGGUGGUGGUGAUGGUGAUGGUGAUGAUGAUGGUGAUGGUGGUGAGGGAACAACCAUUGGUGUGGUGUAGCAGCAACAGCAGCAGCAACAGCAGCAACAGCAGCAGCAACAGCAGCAGAAGUUGCAGCAGCAGCAGCAGCAACACAGCGGUUCCAGCAGUCCUGCAAAUGGCGCAAACUGCAAACAACAGCAGCUACAACGACGAGCAGCAACCGUUUUUUUCUCUACUUCUUCUUUUCUCUCUCUCUCUCUCUCUCGCGCGCGCACUCCUUUUGUAAGAUGGCAGCCAGCCACGGGAAGGCAAGUUGUGGAUGAAGAACACGAAGAACACGAAAAAGAAAAGGAAGAAGGCGAAGGAGAAACACGAAUUGGGAGGGAGAGAAAAUCUUAACCAAACAAAAGCAAACUUUAAUUGGUACUGCAAAUUUUUUCUGCCUCAUACUCUCUCUCUCUCUCUCUCUCUCUCUCUCUCUCUUUCGCACACCAUUUAAAAACGAAAACGAAAACAAAACAAAACAAAAAAAAACAUUCGUAAACAUUUUCCCCUCCGCACUCACCCGAAACCCCCCCCCUCUCCUCCCCCGGCCCUUCCUCCUCGACACCGUUUUGCGUCCAUCCUUACCCGGCACCGUACACAUGCACAUACACAUGGACACGUAAACAUACAAUCGUCUCUUACAUCAUGUUAUAUUUAAAGAAGCAAGCAUGCAAGCAAACAAGUAAAAACGAAAAAAAAAGUUGAAAAAAAAAAACAAAAAACAUUGUUCUUGUGAGCACAACUGACAGGUGUGGCAGAAGC